CAUCGGCGGCCGGGGCCGCUAUAAGGGCUUGUUUUUGCUCCGGGGCUGAUGCUCGGCUGUCGGUCUGACGGCCGCUGGUGGGGGCAGAAAUUCUGAGGCAAAGCCAAGUGUCUGUGAACCCCAGGACUUUCUGUCUAAGAAGAUGAAGGAUAUUGAUAUGGGAAAAGAGUAUGUUAUACCCAGUCCUGGGUAUGGGAACGUGAGGGAGAGACCAUCGUCCUCUGGACAGCACAGAGAGCAUGAAGGAACCAAGUAUGAGCAGACAUAUCCGUCGGAAUGCCAGGAUGCCCUGGAAAUGGCAGCCCGAGUAGAAGGCCUCUCACUGGACGUCUCCAUGCAUUCCCAGCUGAGAUUCCUGGACAGUGAGCAUCCCAAGGGGAAAUACCACCAUGGCCUAAGCGUCCUGAAACCCUUUCGGACUACUUCCAAACACCAGCACCCAGUAGACAAUGCUGGGCUUUUCUCCUAUAUGACCUUUUCUUGGCUCAGCCCUCUGGCUCUCGUGGCUUACAAGAAGGGGGAGUUAUUAAUGGAACAUGUGUGGUCUUUGUCCAAGCACGAGUCUUCUGAAGUGAACUGCAGAAGACUAGAGAGGCUGUGGCAAGAAGAGGUGAACGAAGCUGGGCCUGAGGCUGCCUCCCUCCGAAGGGUUGUGUGGAUCUUCUGCCGCACCCGGCUUGUCCUUUCCAUCGUGUGCCUGAUGAUCACGCAGCUGGCUGGCUUCAGCGGACCAGCCUUUAUGGUGAAACAUCUCCUGGAGUACACGCAGGGGACAGAGUCCAACCUCUCAUAUAGUUUGCUGCUAGUCUUGGGUCUCUUCCUGAUGGAAAUUAUCCGUUCUUGGUCACUGACGUUAACAUGGGCAUUGAACUACCGUACCGGGGUACGCCUGCGAGGGGCGAUCCUGACCAUGGCAUUUAAGAAGAUCCUGAAGCUAAAGAACAUUAAGGAGAAGUCUUUGGGGGAGCUCAUCAACUUGUGUUCCAGUGAUGGCCUGAGGAUGUUUGAGGCCGCAGCGGUGGGCAGUUUGUUAGCGGGUGGCCCCAUCGUGGCUAUCUUGGGCAUGGUUUAUAACGUAAUUAUUCUGGGACCAACGGCCAUCCUAGGAUCACUUGUUUUUCUCCUUUUUUACCCAGCAAUGAUGUUUGUUUCAAGGCUCACUGCCUAUUUCAGAAGGAAAGCUGUGGCUGCCACAGACGACCGAGUACAGAAAAUGAAUGAAGUUCUCAACUACAUUAAAUUUAUUAAAAUGUAUGCUUGGGUCAAAGCAUUUUCUCAGAACGUCCAAAAAAUCCGAGAGGAGGAGCGCAGGAUUUUAGAGCGGGCUGGUUACUUCCAAAGCAUCUCUGUUGGGGUAGCUCCCAUUGUGGUGGUCAUCGCCAGUGUUGUGACAUUUUCUGUGCACAUGAUCUGUGGCUACGAUCUCACUGCUGCUCAGGCUUUCACAGUGGUCACUGUCUUCAAUUCGAUGACAUUUGCUUUGAAAGUGACCCCGUUUUCAGUGAAGUCUCUCUCAGAGGCAUCUGUGUCUAUUGAGAGAUUUAAGAGUUUAUUUCUAAUGGAAGAGGUUCACAUGGUAAAGAACAAACCAGCCAGUCCUCACAUCACGAUAGAGGUGAGAAAUGCCACUUUGGCGUGGGACUCCUCCCACUCCAGUAUCCAGAACUCUCCAAAACUGACGCCCAAAAUGAAAAAGGGCAAGAAGUCCGCCAAGGGCAGGCGAGAGAAGGCCAAGCUGCCGCACGUGGAACAGCAGCAGGCCGUGCUGGCCGAGCAGAAGGGCCACCUGCUGGUGGACAGCGAUGAUCGUCCCAGCCCGGAAGAAGAGGGCAGGCCCAUCCGCCUGGCAAACCUCCGCCUUCAGAGGACUCUGUACAACAUCGACCUGGAGAUUGAGGAGGGAAAGCUGAUUGGCAUCUGUGGCAGCGUGGGAAGUGGGAAAACCUCGCUCAUUUCUGCCAUCCUGGGCCAGAUGACCCUUCUAGAGGGCAGCAUUGCUGUUAAUGGGACCUUUGCUUAUGUGGCCCAGCAGGCCUGGAUCCUCAAUGCCACUCUGAGAGACAACAUCCUCUUUGGGAAGGAGUUUGAUGAAGAAAGAUAUAACGCUGUGCUGAAUGGCUGCUGUUUGAGACCUGACCUAGCCAUCCUUCCCAACAGUGACCUGACUGAGAUCGGUGAGCGUGGGGCCAACCUGAGUGGAGGACAACGCCAAAGGAUCAGUCUGGCUCGAGCCUUGUACAGUGACAGGAGCAUCUACAUCCUGGACGAUCCCCUCAGUGCCUUAGAUGCCCACGUGGGCAACCACAUCUUCAAUAGUGCCAUCCGAAAAUACCUCAAGUCCAAGACUGUCUUGUUUGUUACUCACCAGCUUCAGUACCUGGUUGACUGUGAUCAAGUGAUCUUCAUGAAGGAGGGCUGUGUCACUGAGCGAGGCAGCCAUGAGCAGUUGAUGGACCUGAAUGGCGAUUAUGCCGCCAUUUUUAAUAACCUGCUCCUGGGAGAGACCCCCCACAUUGAGAUUACCUCCAAAAAAGACACAAGCGGUUCCCAGAAGAAGCCACAGGACAAGGGCCCUAAAGUGGGAUCUGUGAAGAAGGACAAAGUGGUGAAGCCAGAGGAAGGACGUCUGAUGCAGCAAGAGGAGAAAGGACAAGGCUCUCUGCCCUGGUCUGUAUAUGGCACCUACAUCCAGGCCGCCGGUGGCCCCUUGGCUUUCCUGGUCAUCUUGUCUCUCUUUAUCCUGAAUGUGGGCAGUACGGCCUUCAGCACCUGGUGGUUGAGUUACUGGAUCAAACAAGGCAGUGGGAACACAACGGUGACCAGGGGAAACCUGACCCUGUUGAGUGACAGUAUGAAGGACAACCCUCACAUGCACUACUAUGCCAGGAUCUACGCCCUCUCCAUGGCGCUCAUGCUGAUUCUGAAGGCCAUUCGGGGAGUCGUCUUUGUCAAGGGAACACUGAGGGCCUCUUCCAGGCUCCAUGAUGAGCUUUUUCGAAGGAUUCUUCGAAGCCCUAUGAAGUUCUUUGAUACGACUCCCACAGGAAGGAUCCUCAAUCGAUUUUCGAAGGACAUGGAUGAAGUUGAUGUCCGCCUCCCGUUCCAGGCUGAAAUGUUUAUCCAGAACGUUAUCCUGGUAUUCUUCUGUGUUGGCAUGAUCGCAGGUGUCUUCCCCUGGUUCCUGGUGGCAGUGUUACCGCUCAGCAUUUUCUUUGCUGUUUUACACGUUCUCUCCAGGGUCCUGAUUCGAGAGCUCAAACGCUUGGACAACAUCACCCAGUCCCCUUUUCUGUCCCACAUCACCUCCAGCAUCCAGGGGCUCGCCACCAUCCAUGCUUACAACAGAGGGCAGGAAUUUCUGCACAGGUACCAGGAGCUUCUGGAUGACAACCAGGCACCCUUCUUCUUGUUCACCUGUGCCAUGCGGUGGCUGGCCGUGCGGCUGGACGUGAUCAGCAUCGCCUUGAUCACCACCACGGGCUUGAUGAUCGUCCUCAUGCACGGCCAGAUCCCCCCAGCCUAUGCAGGGCUGGCCAUCUCCUACGCUGUCCAGCUCACAGGGCUCUUCCAGUUUACAGUUCGACUGGCAUCAGAGACAGAAGCUCGAUUCACAUCAGUGGAGAGGAUUAAUCACUACAUUAAGACUCUCGCCUUGGAAGCCCCUGCUCGAAUUAAAAACAAGGCUCCCCCUCCUGACUGGCCUCAGGAAGGAGAAGUUGUCUUUGAGAAUGCAGAGAUGAGGUAUCGAGAGAACUUACCUCUGGUCCUGAAGAAAGUGUCUUUCACUAUCAAACCCAAGGAGAAGAUUGGCAUUGUGGGGCGGACAGGCUCAGGGAAGUCCUCUUUGGGGAUGGCCCUCUUCCGCUUGGUAGAGCUCUCAGGAGGCUGCAUCAAAAUUGAUGGGGUGAAGAUCAAUGACAUUGGCCUUGCUGAUCUCCGUAGCAAGCUCUCCAUCAUUCCUCAAGAGCCAGUGUUGUUCAGUGGCACAGUAAGGUCAAACUUGGAUCCUUUCAACCAGUACAGUGAAGACCAGAUUUGGGAUGCUCUAGAAAGGACACAUAUGAAAGAAUGUGUUGCUCAGCUACCUCUGAAACUUGAGUCUGAAGUGUUGGAGAAUGGGGAUAACUUCUCAGUGGGGGAACGGCAACUACUGUGCAUUGCGAGAGCCCUGCUGCGGCGCUGUAAGGUGCUGAUACUAGACGAAGCAACAGCGGCCAUGGAUUCCGAGACCGAUUUGCUGAUUCAGGAAACCAUCCGGGAGGCCUUCGCCGACUGCACCAUGCUAACGAUCGCUCAUCGCCUGCACACGGUUCUGGGCUCUGACCGUAUCAUGGUGCUGAUGCAGGGUCAGGUGGUGGAAUUUGACACUCCGUCUGUGCUCCUGUCCAACGAUAGCUCCCGAUUCUAUGCUAUGUUUGCUGCUGCGGAGAAUAAAGUUGCUGUCAAGGGCUGAUGUCCGUGACUGGGUGUUGCCUUCUGGAAACAUCCCCUAACAUCCCCUGCCUGGGGCAGGGCCUGCAUCACUUUUACUCCUAUCGAAACCCAGAUCUUGCAUUGCCCAACUUUUAAAACUUUGGCACAGCAGUUCAGGACUAGCUUGUGUUUCACUAUAAGGGAGAUUCAUGUUUUAAUUAUUGUAUUUAUUCCAUAUUCAUACAAUCCUAAACUUUGUUUUUGUCCUUACUUGCACUCUAAAGGUUCAGGGAACCAUUAUUAUCAAUGUCUCAGAGGCCUAGAAUGCAGCUUUAUCCAUGUAGCUCUAUCUCUACACGAUUCUGUACAUAGCCUAUAUUGACAGUGAAAAUGUAAACUUCAUUUUCUGUUAAAAUGAGCACCGUACUCAUAGGGCAUCCUCCUUUCUAUCCCUUCCAUACACUCUGCUGUACUGAGAUCUGGAUUUGCUCUCAGACUGUAGAAAUGUCAGUGAUUGGCCUUUUUUAAGCUGGUCUCUCUCGGUGGUGGCAGAUCUUGUAUGUGUCAGAAUGGAUGGACAAGCGUGGCAGCAGUCUGCCCUCCCGGAGGCUCCAGUGAGGUUGGGUCCUGGAAAGGGAGACUGCCAGAGGACGCGGGGCUCGCACCGAAGCACUCAGGGCUCCUGCUUUCUCUUCUGUUUUCACUUGGCUGCCCUGGUGGCCAUGGUCGGGGGGCAGGGGCAGCCUGCAACCUGAGCUCUCAGCUCCCACCGCACCAGCCUCCCAUCAGCAACGGGAAGCUCAGAAGUGCCCAUGGCAGAGGACGCACCUUUCUGUCGAAGAAUCACGCCCUCGUGCCCUCCUUCCUCCAGCUCCUUGCUGGGCGGUGGCUGGGGGCUGGGGGCAGGGGGGGCGGGUUUCAGAUGGUACUUGGAAGCUCUCCUGUCCCCCUGGCCUCCCACUCUACACUACUAUUCUGUGAUAGAGUUCAGGAUUUUGCAAUCCAAAGCCUGCAACACAUUGAACUGCUCCUGCUGAGGGAUCCGUCACACGCUGAAGUAGAAGCUUGUUUGUUUGCCUUUUUUUAAUUGUCAAGAGACCUACCUCCGGUGGUUGACGGCUACGUGCUACACACCUACAGUACAUUUCUGGGAACCAUCCCGGCCGUGGGGCCUCGCGGUCCAGGGAUUGGGGCUGCUGCUCAUCUAGCAGCGAUUGGCUGAGGAAUCAGCGCUGCAUGUUUCUGUCUGCUAGACAAUUUGUAUAACCUUAGCAUGUUUGCUAAAUUCCUUGUGGAGACAAAGAUCUGGGG